UCUCCAUUGAAAGAGCAAGUCCAAGCAUUGGAAGCACAGAUUAUUACUCGUGUGAGCUGUGGGAAAGAACACUCGCUAGCUGUUAGCAAUGAAGGAAAGGUUUUUUCCUGGGGAGCUGGGUCUGAAGGACAGCUGGGCACUGGAGAAUUUAAGGAACAAAGUUUUAUCCCCAAGAAAAUAGAUGGUUUAUUGAAUCACAGAGUAUUACAGGUCACCUGUGGACACUAUCACUCAGUUGCACUAACACAAGAUGGCAGAGUCUUUUCCUGGGGGCAGAACAGCCAUGGCCAGCUGGGCCUAGGGAAAGAAUUCCCUUCUCAAGCCAGCCCACAGCAAGUUGCAUCUCUCAAUGGAAUCCCUUUGGCACAAGUGGCUGCUGGCGGGGCACACAGCUUUGCCCUGUCUCUCUCAGGAGUUGUGUAUGGAUGGGGAAGAAACAGUGCACGGCAGCUGGGAUUAAACCAGGCCAACACCAAAGAGCAAGUCUUCAAGCCUUGGUCAGUAGCUGCCCUGAAGAGCAUUGGUGUGAUCUAUAUAAGCUGUGGAGAUGAACACACCGCAGUCCUCACGCAGGAUGGCAGUGUAUUUACAUUUGGAGAUAACAGUGCUGGACAGCUGGGCCAUCAUUUUUCUGCCAUGAAAAGUGGUCCACAAAAGGUUGAAGGGAUAGAUGGUCCUGUUUCCCAUUUAGCAUGUGGAAGCUACCACACCCUGGUUUAUAUCUCAGCUUCUGGCCAGCUUAUGUCUUUUGGAUGUGGACCUCAAAGACCUGCUGAAAAUGAAACAACCAAUAGCCAAGGAGAGCAAGUGCAGAGUGUGGACAUCAGCAGCCUGGUUUCUGCUAAUGAUCUGUCUGGCAUUGGGGUGAAAAUGAUUUUUGCUGGAGCGUAUGUCAGUUUCAUCAGCAUUCUUCAGUCCCAGUCCCCUGAGCAUGCAAGUGGAAUCUCUUCUAUGGAUGAGUUGCCAAAGAUUAGCAAGAUUGAUCGGACUCGGAUUGAAAAAUGGCUGGGAGUGACAUCUACCAGUAAUGAAUGGCAAGAAGCCAAAAGGGAAGUAGAAGAAAUAUUUUCUUCUCCUGCCUGUUUAAGUGGAAGUUUUUUAAAACCAAGAUCUGCUCAGGGAGCAAGUCCUUUUGAUGUUGAUCUACAGAAGGCAAGGGAUGUGUUUGAUGAACUAACCAAAAUGGACUGGAUUGCUAAUACGAUAAGUUGCUGUCUGAGGGAACAUCUGAUUCCCAGUCUUCCACUGCACUCUGUUCACCAAGAGGCUAUAUCUAUUUUCCUUCUCCUGCCAGAAUGCCCCAUAAUGCAUGCAGCAGAAAACUUAGAGUCUCUGGUUCUGUACUUGGCAAAAGCCAUUCAUAACAUGAGUGACCGUUCUUCAGACCUUCUGGAAAAAUGUUGGUUGUCUUUGUCAGCAUCAUGUUUGGACAAUAUGGUACAGCUGUUUAAAAUGGCAGUAGUUUCUCAGUUAAAAUGGUAUUAUACCUACCCCUCUUGUCAAAAUGCCAUACCUCUUCUGGAAGUGCUGAAAAAGCUGUACCGAGCAAACAAGAAAGCUAAGUCCACCCUGCAGUUAAGUAAUUUUUACAUCCCUGAAAUCUCCAGCACAGUUAAUCUUCAGGAGGAUGUAGCCAGGUGGCGCAGAUGGCAAGCUACAGCUAAUUCUGCUGGUGAUGACAACACGCUUGUCACAUUCUGCCGCUUUCCUUUUGUCUUUAAUUUGGUUUCCAAGAUUCAAGUGUUCCGCACUGAUUCAGUGCUCCUCCAACAGGGAGCAAAGGUAAUAGCCCAGAACAUAAUCAUACAGAAUCAGCUGCUGAGAAAUAGUGACCUUCCCGACUUUCCUAUAUUUCCUCUUGAGGUUAAUCGCAACAACUUGGUUGAAGAUACUUUACGCAAACUAUGUCUGGUAGAGGAUAGCGCUCUGAAAAAGCAAUUGAUGGUGGCCUUUAAAGGAGAGAUUGGCCUCGAUGCAGGAGGAGUGACAUUAGAAUUCUUCCUUACCUUGUUUGAGGAAAUGGUUCAUCCAGACUAUGGACUGUUCAUGUAUUGUGAGACCACGUCCCCCAUGUGGUUUCCUACUAAUCCUUCAAUAGAGAAGAAAAAAUAUUAUCUCUUUGGGAUCCUGUGUGGGCUAGCUCUCUUCAAUGGAGUCAUUGCCUAUAUCCCUUUUCCACUCGCUGUUUUUAAGAAACUUUUGGAUGUGAAGCCUUCCUUGGAAGAUUUGAAGGAGCUGAGUGCUGUUAUAGGGAAAAGUAUGCAGGCAAUUCUAGAUGAUGAACAUGAUGAUAUUGAAGAAAAUCUUCAGCUAAAUUUUUGUAUAUCAUGGGACAACAAGGACAUAGACCUGAUUCCAAAUGGCAGUUCCAUUGCUGUGACCAGUAAAAACAAGAGGGACUUUAUCAAUAAGUACAUUGAUUACAUCUUCAACAAGUCAGUGGAAGUGGUGUAUGAGGAAUUCAAGAGAGGAUUUUACAAAGUCCUGGACAAAGAUAUAGUUAGAUUCUUUCAUCCUGAAGAACUGAUGGAGGUGACCAUUGGAAACACAAAUUAUGACUGGAACAAGUUUGAAGAGAAUGCAGAGUAUCAUGGAAUAUACACUCCAUCACAUCCCACCAUCAAAAUGUUUUGGGAGGUUUUCCACGACCUACUUCUAGAAGAGAAGAAGGGCUUUCUUUUGUUUCUUACAGGAAGUGACCGGAUCCCUAUACUGGGAAUGAACUGCAUAAGGAUAAAGUUCUGUUUCAAUGGGGUUCUGUCAGAAGAUCACUUUCCUCAAGCACAAACUUGCUUUCAAAUCCUAUUCCUUCCACCAUAUUCAAACAAAGAAAUUCUCAAGGAGAAGCUUUUUACUGCUCUCAGGAACAACCGGGGGUUUGGAAAAUAGUGAAUCACAAACUUGCAUCACAACCAUCACUGAGAAACAGAUUGUUCUCUAGUCUCAUGACUUUGGAUUCCGUAUGUAUCAAGCCUCCUGUUGAACUUAAUCCAGUAAUAGAUUACCUUGAAUUUUGGGGUUGUUUUUUUUUUUAAGGCUUUGGUGGCAGUUCCCUUUGAUCAGUAGUGUCAGAAUUAGUUAAGGUCACACUUCUAGAAAAACACAGGUUAAUUACUGUAUCUAAAUGUACUGGUUGGACUGAGUCUCUAAAAACCAGAGCAGUUUUAGAGCACAGCCUAAAAUAGGUUUGAUUACAGAAAGGAUGAGAGAGACUCUAGUGUCAAUCUAGAGUUGCUGUUUUACAAAGUGAUAUUCUAUCUGCUAUCUAAUUAUUGCACCAAACCAACAAACUAUGUUCAGUUACUGUGACAGCACAUAAUCUCACAUUCAAAAUAUUCUGAUCAUCCAGGCUACAGACAGACAUUACAUAUAAAAUGGUUUAAAUGAUCAAAAACUGGUUUAAACCUGUAACAGAACAUACAUU